GCCUCUCGCCGGGACUGGGAGCGCUGCGCGAAGCACGGGCAGUGGAGAGGGCGCUGCGCUCGGGCUACCCAAUGCGUGGACUAUCUGCAACCGCUGCUCAUGCAAUAUGCUGGAGCUCCAGAACAGCUAAACGGAGUUGCCACACCGCUGCCUGGGCUGGAUCACAGCGCUGCCUUUCCUUAUGAAGAAGACACAAACUUGGAUUAUCACUUGCAUUUAUCUUCAACUGCUACUGUUUAAUCCUCUCGUCAAAACUCAAGGGAUCUGCAGGAACCGUGUGACUGAUGAUGUGAAAGACGUUACAAAAUUGGUGGCAAAUCUUCCAAAAGACUAUAAGAUAACCCUCAAAUAUGUCCCCGGGAUGGACGUUUUGCCUAGUCAUUGUUGGAUAAGCGAGAUGGUGGAACAAUUGUCAGUCAGCUUGACUGAUCUUCUGGACAAGUUUUCAAAUAUUUCUGAAGGCUUGAGUAAUUACUCUAUCAUAGACAAACUUGUGAAAAUAGUCGAUGACCUUGUGGAGUGCAUGGAAGAACACUCAUUUGAGAAUGUAAAAAAAUCAUCGAAAAGCCCAGAACCUAGGCUGUUUACUCCUGAAAAAUUCUUUGGAAUUUUUAAUAAAUCCAUUGAUGCCUUCAAGGACUUGAAGAUGGUAGCUUCUAAAACUAGUGAAUGUGUGAUGUCUUCAACAUCAAGUCCUGAAAAAGAUUCCAGAGUCAGUGUCACAAAACCAUUAAUGUUACCCCCUGUUGCAGCCAGUUCCCUUAGGAAUGACAGCAGCAGCAGUAAUAGGAAGGCCUCAAAUCCCAUUGAAGACUCCAGCCUACAAUGGACAGCCAUAGCAUUGCCAGCAUUCUUUUCUCUUGUAAUUGGGUUUGCUUUUGGAGCCUUAUACUGGAAGAAGAAACAACCAAAUCUUACAAGGGCAGUUGAAAAUAUACAGAUUAAUGAAGAGGAUAAUGAGAUAAGUAUGUUGCAAGAAAAAGAGAGAGAGUUUCAAGAAGUGUAAUUGUGGCUUGUAUCAACACUGUUACUUUCGUACAUUGGCGGGUAACAGUUCAUGUUUGCUUCAUAAAUGAAGCAGCUUUAAAAAAAUUUCUAUUCUGUCUGGAGUGACAGACCGCAUCUUUAUCUGUUCUUGCUACCCAUGACUAUGUGGAUGAUUCAGAAAUUGGAACAAAGUGUUUUACUGUGAAACUGGUGCUGAAUUAAUCAUCUGUAAAGAAGAACUUGCACCGAGCAGGACUCUAUUUUAAGGACCUGGGGGAUCUGUGGUCUCAAUUAGAACUUGCAGCUGAUGUUGGGAGAGAAAGCACGUGUCCCAGACUGCACGUACCAUUUUGCAUGCCUCCAGAAACGUCUAAUUGUUGAAAAACCACAUAGCUUUAUUUUACAGUUACAACCUGCAGUUCAUAGUUAUCUUGGUCUCUGCAAGUAGAUUUCAGCCUGGAUAGUGGGGGGGGGGGUCAUCAUUUUUAUCAAAGGGAUCUAGAAAAAAUUCAAAAAACAAAAACUCAGUAGCAUCAGCCACUGUUCAUUUAGAAAGCAGUGGGAAAAGAGGGUGGGGGUAGGGGCAGGUCAGCCUUAGAGCUACUGAUCAAUGAAUGAUGUGGGUCUGAGCUUGGUCUCUUUCUGACACAGAGUGUGCUCACCCGUAUCCCACUAGACAAAUGGACAUGGUUGUCUGACUCUAGUCAUGCAGGGGAGCCAGUACUGAAUUACAACAGCGAUGCCUUUGCAGAGGAGAGACUCCGAAAGAGUCAUCACAUGAAGAAGCUGUGGACACUGCCCAGCAGAACAGUCUGCCCAGGAGGGCAUCUGGCACCCCUGGUGAAGUCAGCCUUUGCCCUUGACCACUAUGGCCUGUACAAAUUGUGCUUGCAAAUUAUAUUACAAAAUGUUUAUAUUCUAAAACUAUUACAGAGUUAUGUAAAGGGACUUAGGUGAAAUCACUGAAUGUAUGGAGGCCGCAUUUUUAAUUUCUGCUGUGGGAGAGAGUAAAUAUAAAUUAUGAUAUUUAGUAUCUAUGGUUAGAUACCACACUCACAUGCUAAUAUGGGUGUUGAAAACUAGGUGACUUGGCUUUUACAAGAAUGCAGGGGAUCAGGAAACUUUAGUUAUUUAUAGUAUAAUCACCAUUAUCUGUUUAAAGGAUCCAUUUAUUUAAAAUCAGGCACUCUGUAUUCAUUAAGGUUUAUGAAUUAAAAAUAUAAAGAAAGCUUUAUAUAGUUACGCAUGUCAGUUUGCUAUUAAAAUAUGCGACAGCGUUUUUGUCAUAUUGAGUGAACUUGGCAGGAAUUCCCAAGAUGGACAUUGCAUUUUUAAACCAGAACUUGUAAGACAUUAAGUGAAUUUCCCUUGCCAUUUUUUUUUUUUUAUUUCAAAGGAACAUCUGACUAAGGUCAAAGAAUGAUUUCUUUUGGUUUAUUUUGAUGAAGAUUCUUUUAAUAUAUCACAAACGUAUACAUAAAGGAAUCCAAAGCUUUCCAUUCUAACUUGAUCCUUGUGAUAACAUCAUUGCCGUGUCUAUCACCGUCACAUGACUGUUUUCAAUGCAGUGAUAGAGAAGGGCAUGAAACACUGCUCUCUUUCCUUUGUUUUCAAAAGUCCAUGAAUUUCUAGUAGAGUUGGAUUUUAGCUGAUGUUCAAAGCUAAUAAUUCAAAUACAACUCUAGUAAGUGGCCUUUGCUCUUUCUUAUACCAAAGGGCUCAGAUGAUUUCUACGAUCCGUCCUCUAAAGUGCUGUGGUUCCUCAAACACUAGUCAUGUCUCUAAGAUACAACCCAGAUGCUUUGGGAAGCUGCAUUAAUUUAUUCAGUCCCUCAAACAUCCCAUGGUACAACCGAUUAUAUAUAAUAAAACCAGAGAUCAAUUUAAUGGCUGAAAGGACCUGUCUCAGUGUGUGAUAUUGAUUGUUUUGAAGAAAAUAGACAUAGAUUAACAUGAGUAUGUGUGUAGGUCAUGUGUCGAUUGAGAAGAUUGAUACUUCUCAAUCUAAUAGUUUCAGCAAUGGUUUCAGUUUUUGUAAGUAUGUAAAAAUGCUGCUUAAUGAGCUUUAGAGUAUAAUAGAUGUACUUCUGUUCUCAAAGCUGGUAGCUGGGUUUUAACACACAAGGACAUGAUCCUAAUUGAUAGGGUUAAAUAAAUAAAUUCAGCAAGUUAUGAAAUCUGGCAUGGUAGGUGAGGGGAGCUGUAUUCUGCCUAAUUAAAUGUAUUGGUUCAUUGAGAGUUGUGUGGAUUACCAAUUUUUAAAACACUAAAAUUCAGUAAAAUACACGAACAAUAGAAAAACGCUGAACAUUACUUUGGUUGGUAGUUGCUUGGGAAUGAACUGUCAUAUCUACUUGGAGAUUAAAAUAGUCUUUGCUUUA